AGUGGGCACGAAUUAAAGUUGGUCACAUAAUUUCUUCGGCCAAAACCUUCUCCGCUUGCGCUUGUUCGCCUAGCUCAACCUAUCCGAGAUCGAAUUGCCAAUAAUGCAGACGCCGGGGAUCGCUGCCGCUGCUCCCCUCUCCCCUUCCCUCUUCCUCCGCUCCCUUCCCUCCGUCGCCCCUCUCUCUUUACCCUCUUUGUCCCCCCGCCGCCCUGCCGCAUCCGUCCUCCUUCCUUUUAGGGUUAGAUACCGUGUCACGUGCCAGGCCGUCCUCUCCGCCGAUGUCUCCUCCUCUUCCGAGAUAGAGGAGGAGGAGGAGGAGGAGCGGGCGGCGGCUAAGAUCGGGAAAAGAGUUCGGGUCACCGUGCCACUGAAGGUUUGCCACGUGCAGAAGGCGCCCGAUCUGGAUCUCGACGGCCUGGAAGGGGUGAUCAAGCAGUACGUUGGGAUUUGGAAAGGGAAAAGGAUCUCCGCCAAUCUCCCAUUCAAGGUUGAAUUCCAAAUCGAGUUCGAAGGGCAAACCCGCCCAGUCAAGUUCAUCUCUCAUCUCAAGGAGGAUGAGUUCCAGUACAUGGAUUGAACCGAGAGUUUGCAUUUCGGUCUCAAAAAGAUGGAGAUUUCAUAUUUUUGAGAAGGAAGAUGCUUUGGUGGAACAGAAAAGGUGAGCUACAAGAUGCUAUGAAGUUUCUGAAUUUUCUCCGUCUUUCCUCUUGAACUGCUCGUAGUCGUUGAGUAGUUGUUGGUGACUCAUUGGACCGGCACAAUGUGUUUCUGUUGUCUGUGACUUACAUUUAUUGUUUUGAUUCCUUUCCUCGUAUGUCAUUUUGCCUGGUAUAGCUGUUGUUAUAGAAACGUUCUUGCUCUCAAGCUUUGUGUUUUUUUGGAUAUCUACGGAUACUUAUCCUACUGGAAUGUGUAUUUCCUCUAUGAAUAAACACCUUGGUUGUGGCAUUGUAAAUCAAUCUGUUUUGAAGCAAGCUAGUGCUCGGACUGUAGCUAUCCUUGUUGUGCUUCUGAGUUCUAAGUUCUAA